GAGAGAGAGAGAGAGAGAGAGAGAGAGAGAGUGUCUGAGUGAGUGUGUGAGUGUGUGUGCGUGGGGACGAGUUUCGGGCGAAAGUGGGUGCCCCGCCGCCAGACAGCAGGACCGGUCGUGUGGAGGAAGCGAGCGAGGAAGAGUCGGGUAUGAGACAUGGAUCAGUCCGCGGCCGGGGACCGUAUUUUCGCCGCCGAAGCCAUACUGAAGCGCCGCGUACGCAAGGGCAGGAUUGAAUACCUGGUAAAAUGGAAAGGAUGGGCGUUGAAACACAGCACCUGGGAGCCGGAAGAGAACAUUUUGGAUGAUAGGCUGAUACUGGGCUUUGAGCAGAAGGAGCGUGAAAGGGAAAUGCAUGGACCAAAGAAACGGGGACCUAAACCCAAAAACUUUGUUAUGAAGGCUCGAGCUCAGACAGGAGAAACCAGCACCCGAACUUCCACCUCUCGCCAGAGCACACCGCGCUCCUCUUCGACUGGCUCCACCCGACCAACCCCUUCUUCUUCUGCCUCGCUUCGCCUCUCCGCCUCUUCCUCCACUUCGUCAGCUGUGGCACCUUCUCCUAAACUCAAUUCCCUGGCAGCUACCCACAAGCUUAAAAAAGACAUUCGCCGUUGCCACCGCAUGUCCAGGCGCCCUCUGCCCCGCUCAGACCCCAUGGCGCCCCCUUUUUCCAACCCCGGUGGUUUCCCCUCCCGCCCGCACGUCUCUCCCUUCUCUGAGACCGUCCGGAUCCUCAACCGCAGGGUCAAACCUCGGGAGGUCAAGAGAGGUCGCAUCAUCCUUAAUCUGAAGGUCAUUGACAAACCAGGUAGGGGUGGCUCAGCAGCAGCUAACCGGAAUGUUCAAGCAGGACGUCAGAACAUCCCCUCCCGCAACCGCAUCAUUGGGAAGCGGCAGGGCGAGGCUCCCUACAGGCCGUUCCAGCCUCCUUUGAAGAUGCUGGGCUUCCCCAUGUACGGGAAGCCGUUUGGGUUGCAGUGUGGAGGCCCUGGGCCAUUUCACUCUCAACACGCAUCAUGCUCCAGUGCAGCGGCUAGAGCCAGCCAUUCCACUACCUCCCGGUACCAGAUGCCUCCCUCACCUGCUAGCUCUAGUGGCUCUGAGGGCAAACCUCCCACCGCUGUUCAGAGCCAGCUGAGUCCCGCUGACUUACAGCCUCAGCCAAGCACAGGAGCUUCUGCCGUAGGAUCGCCUUCAUCCACAAGUCCCCAGGCCCCGGCCCCCUCCCAGCCCAAACCUAGCCAGCCUCAUUCAGAGCCCCAAAAGAGCCAGAACACCAAACAGUCAGCUCCUGCCCUAUCCUCUUCCCCAGACCCAAAAAUGUCCAACUUCGUCCCCUCUUCACUGUCUCCCCCCUCCUAUUGUGGCACUCCGUCUUCCUCCCUAGAAGACGAAGAAGAGGAGGCUGGCCUGGACAUUUUGACACCUCCAGAGGAGAGGAAGAAGCAGCUCCGCCAGCGCCAGCCCAAACGCCAGCUGGCUGCCUCCCAGUCCACUGGCAACCACAGCUCUGACCCCCAGAGGGUCCCCGCCGAGGGGGACCCUGACUGGCGCCCCAAAAUGGCACCGAGCUGCCAGGAUGUCGUGGUCACUGAUGUCACCACCAACCUGGUCACUGUCACCAUCAAGGAGUUCCCCUCUCCCUCCUCCUGCCCGGCAUCUCCCUCCUCCGCCCCAGAAAAUAGUCCCCCCGCUCCCUCCAACACCGCCCCUAAUGACACCUCCUCGCCUAAGCCAUAGGAAGAGAGAAUGCUGUGGAGUCCGUUGCCAUUGUAAACCCAGAAAAUAUCUUGCCAAACGUCGCCACUUUGGCCCCUCCUCCCUUGUCCUCUUAAGAUGUCUCCAUACUUAAAUGAUUAAUGUUAUGUAACUUAACACCGCCUAGCCAUUGAAUACUUAUAAGAGCAUAUUUUUGAAAUGAAAGUGUAAUUUCGAGCGGGCAGUUAAUAAUGCCGCUCUUUUCAAUUUGAUGUUCAUAUUUUGUCCACUUGCACAGCACUGACUCUUUUGACGCAGACUUGGAUGGAAAUGGUAUUUUCUUUCUUUCAGUUACUUCAAGCAUGCUGAGUUUAGCCUGUUUGGUGUAAUAGAGUUGUUGUCCCGAGAGUAUCAACCCCACCCACGCCCCCUGGUGUGCGGGGGUCUCACUUUUUCAAGCACACUUAGUGUAAAUGAAAGAAAUUGGUACUAUUUUGAUACAAGCUCUGCCGUGAAGGCUAGCUUUGACUGUCUUCAUGUGUUAUGCCAAUUUCCUGCCCCCCCCCUCCUCCCCCCCCUCCUCCAAUUUCAUUGCGAGUCCAGCGUGUUAAAGAUAAUGAGAUGAUGUGUUUUUGCACUUGACACAGCUGGACUCUUGAGAUUUGCUUCUACACAGCGAGGUAAAUGCAAUGCACUUGACUGCAUAGGGAAAAAAAAAAACCCCCAACCUAUUCUUGUGUUGUUGACACGCUCAUGAAUAUUUCAAGGUCUUUUUCCUCUUGCUCUCUUGAACGCACAGGCAUAUACAAAUGAAUACGUAUUUAUAUGCACGCACAACCUUACAAGCUGCAAAAGAGUAUACGGAAACGACUAACAUAGAUUUUGAAACGUUUGCUAACCUUGCCCGUCGCUCUCCGCCUGCCUUGUGUCGUAACAGAUCCCUCGCCACCCUCGUGUCUGCCAAGACUCUAAACUGGGCGGCUCUCUGCAGCCACGAGGUACUGCCACCGCGUGCUGUGUGGUCUGCUGGAAGCUUACGAACGUAUGGGAGGACCACGAUUUGUGUCUGAACCGCAGUUUUCAUUUGAUACCAGCCGCCUUCCAAAUGCCGGUGAUGCUCCGGUGGCUGGUCUGUCUGCCAGCACCACCCGGCAGGUGUUUUUCCACGUCCAAGGACAUUCUUCUGUAGCUCGUAAUAACGCGGAGCAGCGGGCGAAAUCUGCCUACGUACAUUCCACGGCAGUAGGUUCGAGCGAAAGUGCCGUUUUGCACCCUGCUGUGGUCCCUCUGGGUGUUCCCAGUUAGCAUCUGGGCAAAACGUGUUUUAUUUGUUAGACCCUCAAGUGCUAGAAGCAAGUCCUGGUAGCGUGGCUCGAGGCCUUCUCGCUACACACAGGGCUGGCGUACCAGGCCGGGGCUGUGACCACACAGGGAGGUGAAAUUAGGAUUUUCUUGGGAUUUCGUUGCCUGUCUCCCAUUCGUCGACGUGGUGAGAUUUGUUUGGCGAGGUUGCAGAAAACUGGAUUCAACACGGAAAUUCUCUCGGGAUUCAGUGGAGCCGCUCUGUGGUUGGGGUUAAUGAGGAGAAUGUGCUAGAAAAAUAAUAAGUGGUAGUAGAAAUUGUCAUUUUGGUCCAGCUGAAGUGCGUUGCUUCACGUUGGGUCAGUAGCGCAGAAACCUUACUAUGAAACGGCUUCGCACUGAUUCGCUGUGCCUGGAUCCACCCUGGCCUUUUCCUCUCCUUGGACAUGGCCAAUAGCUUCUAGGGGGGGCACCUUUACAGUAGUUGUGGUUCCAAAUCUGUCCCGAGUUCAGUCCAAGCUCUGCUUCUGGUGCAGGCUGCAAUGCAAAAACAUUCAUACGAUAUGUCACAGUGAAGCUGUUGGUUCCGUACAUUUGAACUGCACUUGUUUUAAAACUGCACAUUUAUAGGAAAAACCUCGCAGACUUCUACGGUUUUCGUGUCGCGUCGUAGCGACAGGGAGUUGCGUCGGUACCGUCGCUGAACUCACACAUAGGGAACACUGCAGGUUGGAAGACCGGGUCGGUGCCCAGUGCUAAUGCGAUCCAUGGUGGAAAAUAAAUGCCACCCCACCAGCUAUGUGAUGGAGCAUGUCUAACUUGGGCCUCUACCGAGCAUUUUAAGGUUGAACCCUGCAGACAGCCUCGCUGGCUGCUAAAGUACAGCGAGAAGGGAGAAAGAGGGCAGAGUUAGAAUCCACCAGCCACAGCGUCCGGGUGGCGUGGCUGUCUGUUCCGUUGCCUACCAACACAGGGGUCGCCGGGUCGAAUCCCCGUGUUACCUCCGGCUCGGUCGGGCGUCUAAGGGCAGGAUGUUGUGUUGCUGUAAAGCCCCUUGAGGCAAGUUUGUGAUUUGUGAUAUUGGGCUAUACGAAUACAAUCGACUUGACUCGACAGUUGGCCCUGUCUGCGGGCUGGAAGCCGGAUGUGGGUGUGUGUCCUGGUCGCUGAGCUAGCGCCUCCUCUGGUCGGUC